AUGACCCCGCAGCGGCCCACGGCGCAGCGGCAGUACGAAGCUAGCAAGGCGCAAGUGGCGGCGAGGGGCAAGGCGGGACAGCACUACGACUUGAUUCUGUACGGCGACUCCAACACAGCCAACAUGCUGCCCACCCGCAGCAGGGUGUGGGACCCUCACUUUAAAGGCCUGGUGGCUGAUCCGCUGGGCAUGGGUGGCAGCAGCGUGGAGGAGCUGGCAUGGCGCAUAGUGUACGGCGGCGAGGCCCCCCGCCCUCCUCCCAGAGUGGCAGUCAUUUUGGUGGGGUACAACGAUGCGCGCUACCACCCCAAGUCGCACGGAGUGGAGCGCCUGGACUGGCUGCUGGGCUGGCUGCAGGCCAGCUGGCCGCGCACGAGGCUGGCAGUGCCGGCGCUGCUGCCAAGCCAGUACAUAGACUUGCGCCCGCUCAGCGCACAGUACCGCGAGGUGGCCAAGCGGCGAGGCAUAAAAUACUUCAGCAGGUGCAACCGAGGGCUGGACCCGCGCAACAGGCAGCAGUACAUCGAUGGCACCCACCUGCAGCCCGCCGGCCUGCGGCAAUGGGUGACGUGCAUGGCGGCGGUCGUGCGACCGCUGCUGAACGCCACGUCGGCAGCAGGAUAG